AUGGCUGAAGCGUUCUUCGACACAAGAGCCGACGUCGGUAGCGAGGAGGAAGACGAGGACUUCGAUGAGGAUACAGGCGAGGCAAUUCCUUCCAAGCGGAAGUCCAACAACAACGAGAUGGAUGAUUCCAGCGAGGAAGAAGACGAGGAUGACGAAGAGGAGGAGGCCAAAGUUCGCGAGGGUUUCAUCGUGGACGAAGAAGAAGAUGACGAUGAUGAAGAGACUCGGGCGGCGAAGAGACGCGAGAAGAAGAAGAGGAGACGCGAGCAGCGCGAGGAAGAUGAGAUGCUGGACGAGGAAGAUCUGGAUCUCAUCGGUGCCAUGCCGCAAGAGCGUCGUGCCGUCGAGCAGAGCAAGUUCAAGCGUCUAAAGCGUGGCCACCGGGAAGAACGCUCUGCGAGUGAGGCUCGAGGUGUUGAAGACAUCUUCUCCGAUGAAGAGGAAGGCGCAGAGCCUGCCGGCCUCGGGCGCCGCGCUGGAUUUGGUCAGUACGAUGAUGAAAUGGAUGGAUUCAUCGAGCAGGACGAGUUUCCUGACGAGGAGGGCGGGCAAAUGGACGAGGAUCUCGGUGUGCGCGCGCCUAGAAAGCACGGCAUUGCGGACCUCAAGAACCUGAAGGACUCUGGUCUCGGUGAAGCUGAGAUGGAAGACAUGCAGGGUGCUUUUGGAGAUGGUGAAGAAUACGCCUGGGCUCUGGAGGCCGAGGCUGCGAACAACGAAGAACAGAUGGAUCCAGAGAAGCCGCUUGAACUCAAGGAUGUCUUCGAGCCUUCCCAGUUGGAGGAGCGUAUGUUGACCGACCGGGACAACGAAAUACGCGUCACGGACAUUCCGGAGCGGUAUCAGCUAGCUCGUGGAGCGUACAAGGACUUGUCCGAUCUCGAUGAGGCGCAACUCGCCGCACGCGCGGCAGAAGAAGCGAGCUGGAUUACGAGUAUUCUCUUUCCACGCAAGCGCAUAGACCAGAAGCUCCGAGAGCCCUUUGAGGCAGCGAUCAAGCAAGUUCUCGACUUCAUGAACGUGGAGGAUUUCGAGCCCUCUUUCAUUUUCCAGAAUCGCAAGGACUAUUUGAUUCAUUCGGAGCGGGUACCUACCAAUGACCCUAACGGCCCGGAGUUCACCAUCAAGGCUGAGAAGCUGCUGAAUCAGACCGACCUUUGGGAUGUGUUCGAGCAAGACCUGAAGUAUCGCGCGUUCGCAGAGAGACGAGAUGCUAUCCAGAAGAACGUCGACCUCUUGAAGGAGAUUGAACCAGACUUCAACGACUCCGUCUUUGACGAUCUCAUCCCCCUCGCCGCCCAGCUUGAUGACCUUCAAGACAUUCAAGAGUACCUGAACUUCCAAUACUCGCUGCAAUUGAAGGACCUCAGCAUUGCAGAAGCUGAAAUAAACGGCGCCCAGAAGCGCGCUCGUGGCAACCGGGGUGUCUGGGAUAAGGUUCGCUCUGGUCCGGCGUAUCAUUUUGUCCGUGCCUUCGGUAUCACGGCUGAUGGUAUUGCGCAAAAUGCUGAAAAAGUUGGGCGGAAGGCGUACACGGAGGACCCGGAUAUGCGACCUGAAGAUCUCGCUGAUACUCUAAUACGGGAUCCCGAUUUGAAGACUGGACAAGAUGUUCUCACAGCUGGAAAGGCUAUGUUUGUCGAGGAGAUCGUGACCAGUCCACGAAUGCGGCGGCACGUGCGCAAAAUCUAUUAUGAGAACCUGGUGUUCGACUGCCACCGCACCGAGAAGGGACUCAAGCAGAUUCACGAAGACCAUCCUUACUACGAGUUCAAGUAUUUGCGGAAUCAAGAAGUCCGCAACUUCCUGGUAGACCGCCCCGAGCUCUUCCUGCGGAUGUUGAAAGCCGAAGCAGACGGAUUGGUAGAGGUUCGCGUGAGACUCCAGAGAGAGCGAAAGAUCAAGGAAGAUCUGCGGAAAGCCAUUGAGUCUGAUAAUUUCUCGGAAGUGGCCGAUGCAUGGAAUGCACUUCGGAGAGAUGUGCUCGACGCCGCCCUCGCUAAACUUCACCGAGUCAUCGCGAAGGGAGUCAAGGAUAAUCUCAAGAAUGAAUGCGAAAACAAGAUUGGCGGGUUCUGCCGAGAUGCAUACACCCAGAAGCUGGAUCAGGCCCCAUAUAAGCCAAAGGGCAUGGAGCUUGGCACAUGCGCUCGUGUGUUGGCGCUUUCGAAUGGCGCUGGAAACCGUGGAGAUGCUAUCUGCUGGGCGUAUGUCGAAGAAAACGGACGGGUACUUGAGAAUGGCAAAUUCACCGACCUUCGUCUUGGCAACCCGGAGAAGGGUCUACCAGACGGUAAUGAUGUCCAAGGCUUUGUCGAGGUGGUGGAACGUAGACGUCCCGACGUUGUUGCCGUGUCAGGCUGGUCUGUGGAGACUCGUCGCUUGUACAAAGACCUCCAAGACAUCAUUGAGAAGAAGGAUCUUCGUGGUACGCCAUAUGAGGACGAGGACGACCGCGAGGUGCAGGAUGCCCUCGAAGUCAUCAUUCCACAGGAUGAAGUCGCCCGCCUCUACUACAAUUCUGAUCGUGCCGCGGCGGACCACCCCGGCAUCCCUCCAAUCACCAGAUACUGUGUUGCGUUGGCUCACUACAUGCAGAACCCGCUCAAGCAGUAUGCUGCACUCAAGAAGGACAUCGUCUCCAUCACGUUCGAUCCAAAUCAACAGCUCUUGCCGGAGGACAAGUUCAGGCGCUACCUCGAGACUGCGAUGGUCGACAUUGUCAACUUGGUCGGCGUAGAUGUCAACGAAGCCCUUGCCGAUCCACUGACGCAGAAUCUGUUGCCAUAUGUAUCCGGUCUCGGACCUCGAAAGGCCGACUACCUUGUCAAGACCGUCGGAUCGAACGGCGGCGAAGUCAUCAACAGGGUGACGCUUGCAACGGGAGACGUGGAGCGUGGCAGACGACAAGCAGUUGGGCCAAAGGUCUGGCACAAUUGUGCAAGCUUCCUGUACAUAACCUGGGAGGACGAAGCGGGGACCGACUAUCUCGACAACACGAGAAUUCACCCCGAAGAUUACGACAUCGCCCGCAAGAUGGCCGCCGAUGCCCUCGAGCUUGACGAGGAGGAUAUUGCCGGCAUGAAGGCUGAUGAUGGCGACAGUGCAGUGGUCAAGAGAUUGGUGAAAUCAGAGGAGACUGAUCGCGUCAACGACCUUGUACUGGAGCAAUACGCGGAGCAGCUCGAGAACCAGUUCCAACAGAGAAAGCGUGCCACUCUGGAAACGAUUCGUGCUGAGCUGCAGAACCCAUAUGAGGAGCUGAGGCGCAACUUCUCGCAGCUCACCACGGACGAGAUGUUCACUCAGCUGACUGGUGAGACCCGAGACUCUCUCAAGGAGGGCAUGAUUGUACCGGUGUCGGUCAAGCGGACGUGGCAGGACCACAUCGACGUACGACUUGACUGUGGAAUCGAAGGAGGCAUUUCGCAGACGGAGUAUCCUGAGGAAGUCGUGAGAAACAACCUGGAGCCCAGACAGGUGUGGACUCAGCAUCAGACCAUACAAGCCAAGAUCUCGUACAUCGACCGCCGCAAACUGACGGCGCAGCUGACCAUGCGAGAGUCGGAGCUACGGCAGACUUUCCGUAGUGUGCCCGAUCAUGGCCUCGACGAGUGGGAUGAAGACCAGGAAGCUCGCGACAAGAAGGCUGCGAAGAAAGCACUGGAAAUCAAAGGUGGUCGUCAGCAACGGGUCAUCAAGCAUACUCUGUUCAAAAACUUCGACUCGAAUCAGGCUGUCGAAGCUCUCAAGACGCAGAGUCGUGGUGACUGCAUCAUUCGGCCAUCUUCCAAGGGCCCCGACCACCUUGCUGUGACCUGGAAGAUUGCCGAUGGCGUCUAUCAACACAUCGAUGUUCUGGAGCUGGAUAAGGAGAACGAGUUCAGUGUGGGCAAGACCCUCAAGGUUCAGGGCAAGUACAGCUACAGCGAUCUCGAUGAACUCAUCGUGCUCCAUGUGCAUGCAAUGGCAAAGAAGGUCGAUGAGAUGACCAACGACGAGCGCUACCAGUCGGACACCAAGGAGGCAGCCGGUAUGUAUCUCAACAUCUCUACUCUGCUUACUAGAUCAAUAUACUGACGUGAUCUUCUCCAGAACAAUGGCUCACCACGUACACGGAGGCCAACCCGAAGCGCUCUAUGUAUGCCUUCUGCAUGAACCCGAAAUAUCCAGGGUACUUUCACCUGUGCUUCAAGGCCGGUCAGCAUGCGCCGCUUUCCUCCUGGCCGGUGAAGGUGAUCCCACAAGGCUUUGAACUCAAGGGGCACAAGUACCCGGAUAUGAGAGCCUUGAAGAAUGGUUUCAAGCUUCUAUUUGCGAAUCAAGGGCCUCAAGCCGGCGCAAGACGCUAG